UGGGGACGACGACUUGACGCCAUUUUCCCUGGUUAUUGCCCCUUCCUAACAACAAGACCAAAAAAAAAUACAUAUCCUUUGAUAAAAGGUGUUCAAGGAGCGUAUCAAUUUGUAACAACAACAAGGUACCAAGGUUCCUUAUCACUUGGUGCGCUUGCGUCAUCAUCAAGAGCAUCAUCAUCAAGCACCAAAUUGCACCAACACAUUUAUUUUUUCAACACAACCAUUCAUCUCUGCCUUCUCUGGCCUUUUAUUUUCUGUCUGCCAAGUGCCAGCCAAGCUGAAAAGUCUGAUUAUUGAAUUGCUGGAUUAUAAAAUAUAUUUAAUAUAUAAUCAUGGCUAAUUCAAUGAUAUUUGGAUCUUUGACAAGAUACACAUUGACCAAACAUUACAUCACAAAUCCAGCACUUCAUAAAUCAUUGAGAAAUUUAGCAACAAUUGCUACGACAAAUAAUAAACAUACAAAAUGCAAAAUUGUCGACGAUGUUGCUGUUAUUACAUUGGAUUCACCUGGGGUCAAGGAAAAUACAUUAAAUGCCGAAAUUAUGGAAGAGAUGAGAGUAAUGAUGAAAGACAUUGAAGCAAAUCCAUCAGUUAAUUCAGCUGUUUUGAUAAGUGGUAAAUAUAGUUUUAUUGCUGGAGCUGAUAUCAACAUGUUACAAAAAGUUAAAACAGCAGAUGAUGGUGCUAAAAUAGCAAAAGAAGGACAAGAAAUAUUAAAUUUAAUAGCUAAUUCUAAAAAGCCAGUUAUUGCUGCUGUACAAGGAAAUUGUUUGGGUGGUGGUCUUGAGGUUGCAUUGGCAUGUCAUUAUCGCGUUGCUGUUAAAGAUAAAAAAACAAUAUUUGGAUUACCAGAAGUCAAACUUGGUCUAUUACCUGGUGGUGGUGGAACACAAAGAUUACCAAAAUUAAUUGGUCUAACAAAUGCACUACCAAUGGCAUUAACUGGAUCAAUGAUUAAAGCUGAUAAAGCUAAAAAAUUAGGUAUUGUUGAUUUACUUGUUAAUCGUCUUGGUCCUGGUAUAUUAAAUCAAGAUGAAAAUACAAAAAAAUAUUUAGAAGAAACAGCAAUUAAAGCUGCAAAAGAUAUUGCAAGUGGUAAAUUAAAAAUAGAUCGUAAUCCAAAAAGUGUUGUUGAUAAAAUAACAAAUUGGGCAAUUGGUAUUGAUUAUGUUAGAGAUUAUAUAUUUAAAAAAUCAACUGAUACAGUUAUGAAAAUGACUGGUGGUUUAUAUCCAGCACCAUUAAAAAUUAUUGAUGUUAUUAAAUGUGGUAUUGUAAAAGGUCCAAUUGCUGGUUAUGAAGCUGAAGCUAAAGGUUUUGGUGAAUUAGCAAUAACACCACAAUGUAAAGGUUUAAUUAGUUUAUUUUUUGGUCAAACAACAUGUAAAAAAAAUCGUUUUGGUAAACCAAAUGUUAAUGUUAAUAAAAUAUCAAUUGUUGGUGCUGGUUUAAUGGGUGCUGGUAUUGCACAAGUUAGUGUUGAUAAAGGUUAUACUGUUGUGUUGAAAGACACAAGUGAUGCUGGUUUAUAUCGUGGUGUUGGACAAGUACAAAAAGGUCUUGAUCAAGCUGUUAAAAGAAAACGUAUAUCUGCAAUGGAAAGAGGAAAAAUAAUGGCUAAUCUUGUGCCAACUUUAAAUUAUAAUGAUUUUAAAAAUUCUGAUGUUGUUAUUGAAGCUGUAUUUGAAGAUCUUGCUAUUAAACAUAAAGUUAUCAAAGAAAUUGAAGCAAAUACAUCAGAAAAUUGUGUUGUUGCAACAAAUACAUCAGCAAUUCCAAUAACUAAAAUUGCUGCUGGUAGUAGUCGUCCUGAAAAGAUCAUUGGAAUGCAUUAUUUUUCACCAGUUGAUAAAAUGCAAUUGCUUGAAAUUAUAACACACAAAGGUACAUCAAGUGAGACAAUUAAAACAGCUGUUGAUGUUGGUUUAAAACAAGGUAAAAUUGUUAUAACUGUUGGUGAUGGUCCUGGUUUUUAUACAACAAGAAUUCUCAGUGCAAUGUUGUCUGAAACACUACGUCUUCUUCAGGAAGGUGUUGAUCCAAUUCACGUUGAUAAAUUAUCAAAGAAAUUUGGUUUCCCAGUUGGUGUAACAACCCUCUGUGAUGAAGUUGGUAUUGAUGUUGGUGCUCAUAUUAGUGUUGAUCUUGCUAAAGCUUUGGGUGAACGUUUUCAAGGUGGUAAUGUUAAUAUUCUCAGUGACAUGGUUAAAGCUGGCUACUUGGGUCGUAAAUCUGGAAAAGGAAUAUUUGUUUAUGAAGCAAAUAGAAAAGAAAGAGACUUGAAUUUUGGUGCUCUUGAUAUUUUAAAAAAAUAUUCAGUUGAACCAAAAGGAAGCACAACUGAUGAAGAUCGUCAAUUACGAAUGGUUACCAGAUUUGUUAAUGAAGCUGUCUUGUGCCUUGAAGAAAAUAUUCUUGCAAAUCCACUUGAAGGAGAUAUUGGUGCAGUAUUUGGUCUUGGUUUUCCACCAUUUACCGGUGGUCCAUUCAGAUAUGUUGACACCAUAGGUGCAAAUUAUAUUGUUAAAAAAAUGGAAGAAUUUCAAACACAUUAUGGUGCAUCAUUCAAACCAUGUCAAUUACUUUACGACAUGGCUGCUGAUUCAUCUAAAAAAUUCCACACAAAAUAAUUUUUUUUAUAUAUAAAUCAUCAAUGAACAAAAAAGAAAAAAACAUCCAUAUAGAAAAAUUUAUAUUUUUCAAUAAUAGUAGUAAUUAAUAAUAAUGUUGUAUUUUAUAAAAAAAUUUUUCUAUUGUUCAUGUUUGCUUAAUUUUUCUUUUUCUUCUUCUUAAUUAUGAAGAAAAAAAAAAUUAAUAAUCAUAUUUUUGAUAAUAAUUAUUGAAACAUUUUUAUUGUGUUAAUAUAUAAAAUAAUAAUAAUAACACAUUAAUUAUUAAAAUUUAUAUUGAAUAUAUUAAAUAAACAAAAAAAUAAUAAAAAUAUUUUCAGCGAAAAUUUUGAUUUUUUACUUGAAAUUUUUGAUUUAUUAUUAAUUAAUUUACAAGAUGAUUAUUGUUUAAAUAAGAACGACAAUAAAUAAUUUAAUUACAGGUGAGAUUAAUUAAAAUUUAAAAGGUAGACAUUGUUCACCAAGCCACCACCAGAGGCAGCCCAAUUAUUAGAAAUAAAAAAAAAA